GGCGCACGGCGGCGCGGUGCUGCGGCUCAGCUGAUAAUUGAAGGGAGGACAAGCCGCCGCCGCCGCCGCCGCCGCUGGGGGGGGUGGGGGGAGCCAGUGGAAGUUGCCGUCGCGCCACCGAGUCCGGACCGGAGACUUUGGGGCCUAACUAGUGAAUGGUAGUGUCUAGAAAGGGUAUGUCCCUUCAAGAGAGAGGUGCCAAUGUCCAACCGGCCUAAUAACAAUCCAGGGGGGUCACUGCGACGUUCACAGAGGAACACUGCUGGGGCCCAACCACAAGACGACUCAAUAGGAGGAAGGUCACAUUUAGGGCAGGCAAAACAUAAGGGAUAUAUCCCUCCUGAGAGUAGAAAAUCUAAUUUUAAGGCACCCAAAGUGCAAUCUAAUACUACUUCUGAACUGUCAAGGGGACACCUUUCUAAAAGAAGCUGCAGUUCAUCAUCUGCUGUCAUAGUUCCACAACCAGAGGAUCCAGACAGAGCCAAUACUUCUGAAAGGCAGAAAACGGGGCAGGUGCCUAAGAAAGACAAUUCUCGAGGAGUGAAACGCAGUGCUAGUCCAGACUACAACAGGACCGGUUCUCCUAGCUCUGCGAAAAAGCCCAGAGCAUUUCAACACAUCGAGUCUGUCUCAGGAACCAAUAAGCCACAUAGUAAGUCAAAGAAGAGACAUUUAGACCAGGAGCAACAACUGAAAUCUGCACAAUUGCCAUCAACAAGCAAGGCUCACACCAGAAAGAGUGUGGCUGCUGGUAGUUCACGGAGUCAGAAAAGAAAGAGGACAGAGAGUUCUUGUGUAAAGAGUGGAUCUGGGUCUGAAUCAACUGGUGCCGAAGAGAGAUCUGCAAAACCCACCAAGCUGGCUUCAAAAUCAGCCACCUCAGCCAAAGCUGGGUGUAGCACCAUCACCGAUUCUUCUUCUGCUGCUUCUACUUCCUCCUCAUCUUCGGCUGUAGCCUCGGCCUCUUCUACUGUACCACCUGGUGCCAGGGUGAAACAAGGAAAAGACCAAAACAAGGCCAGGCGUUCCCGUUCAGCAUCCAGCCCUAGUCCCAGAAGAAGCAGCAGGGAAAAAGAACAGAGGUCUUCUAAGUCAGAGACAUCAAAACCUGGACCUUCUGGAUUACAGGCCAAAUUAGCAAGUUUAAGAAAGUCUACCAAGAAGCGCAGUGAGUCCCCACCUGCUGAGCUCCCCAGUUUGAGGAGGAGCACACGCCAAAAGACCACGGGCUCCUGUGCUAGUACCAGUCGGCGAGGCUCUGGCCUGGGCAAGAGAGGAGCAGCUGAGGCCCGGCGGCAAGAGAAAAUGGCAGACCCUGAAAGCAAUCAGGAGACAGUGAAUUCCUCAGCUGCCCGGACAGAUGAAGCUCCCCAAGGAGCUGCAGCCUCUAGUUCUGUUGCAGGGGCUGUUGGCAUGACCACCUCUGGGGAGAGUGAAUCGGAUGAUUCUGAGAUGGGACGAUUACAAGCCCUGUUGGAGGCCAGAGGUCUUCCUCCUCACCUGUUUGGUCCUCUUGGUCCUCGGAUGUCACAGCUUUUCCAUAGAACAAUUGGAAGUGGAGCUAGUUCUAAGGCCCAACAGCUUCUUCAAGGACUACAAGCAAGUGAUGAGAGUCAACAACUUCAGGCAGUCAUUGAAAUGUGUCAGCUAUUGGUCAUGGGAAACGAGGAGACACUUGGAGGGUUUCCUGUGAAGAGUGUUGUUCCAGCUUUGAUAACAUUACUGCAAAUGGAGCAUAAUUUUGACAUUAUGAACCAUGCUUGCCGAGCCUUAACCUAUAUGAUGGAAGCGCUCCCUCGAUCAUCUGCUGUUGUAGUAGAUGCUAUCCCAGUCUUCUUAGAAAAGCUGCAAGUUAUUCAGUGUAUUGAUGUGGCAGAGCAGGCCUUAACUGCCUUGGAGAUGUUAUCACGGCGGCAUAGUAAAGCCAUUUUACAGGCGGGUGGUUUGGCAGACUGCUUGCUGUAUCUAGAAUUCUUCAGCAUAAAUGCCCAAAGAAAUGCACUAGCAAUUGCAGCCAAUUGCUGCCAGAGUAUCACACCAGAUGAGUUUCAUUUUGUGGCAGAUUCCCUACCAUUGCUUACCCAAAGGCUAACUCAUCAGGACAAAAAGUCAGUAGAAAGCACUUGCCUUUGUUUUGCACGUCUAGUGGACAACUUUCAACAUGAGGAAAAUUUACUGCAGCAGGUUGCUUCCAAAGAUCUGCUUACAAAUGUUCAACAACUGUUGGUAGUGACGCCGCCCAUUUUGAGUUCUGGGAUGUUUAUAAUGGUGGUUCGCAUGUUUUCUUUGAUGUGUUCCAACUGCCCAACGUUAGCUGUUCAACUUAUGAAACAAAACAUUGCAGAAACACUUCACUUCCUCCUGUGUGGUGCCUCCAAUGGAAGUUGUCAAGAGCAGAUUGAUCUUGUUCCACGAAGUCCUCAAGAACUGUAUGAACUGACAUCUCUUAUUUGUGAACUUAUGCCAUGUUUACCUAAAGAAGGCAUUUUUGCAGUUGAUACCAUGUUGAAGAAGGGAAAUGCACAGAACACAGAUGGUGCAAUCUGGCAGUGGCGGGAUGACCGAGGCCUCUGGCAUCCCUAUAACAGGAUUGACAGCCGGAUCAUUGAGGCAGCCCAUCAGGUCGGUGAGGAUGAGAUAAGCUUGUCCACUCUGGGACGAGUUUAUACUAUUGAUUUUAAUUCUAUGCAGCAAAUCAAUGAGGACACGGGAACAGCACGUGCCAUUCAGAGAAAACCUAAUCCCUUAGCCAAUACUAACACUAGUGGAUACUCAGAGUUAAAGAAGGAUGAUGCUCGAGCACAGCUAAUGAAAGAAGAUCCGGAACUGGCUAAGUCUUUCAUUAAGACCUUAUUCGGUGUUCUCUAUGAAGUGUACAGCUCCUCAGCAGGACCUGCGGUCAGACAUAAGUGCCUUAGAGCAAUUCUUAGGAUAAUUUAUUUUGCUGAUGCUGAACUUCUGAAGGAUGUUCUGAAAAAUCAUGCUGUUUCCAGUCACAUUGCCUCCAUGCUAUCAAGCCAAGACCUGAAGAUAGUAGUUGGAGCACUUCAGAUGGCAGAGAUCUUAAUGCAAAAGUUACCUGAUAUAUUUAGUGUUUACUUCAGAAGAGAAGGUGUCAUGCAUCAAGUAAAACAUUUAGCAGAAUCAGAGUCUUUGUUGACAAGUCCACCAAAGGCGUGUACAAAUGGGUCAGGAUCCCUGGGGUCCACAACACCAGCCAGCAGUGGGACAGCCACAGCUGCAACCAAUGCCUCUGCUGAUCUGGGGUCACCCAGCUUGCAGCAUAGCAGAGAUGAUUCUCUGGACCUGAGCCCUCAAGGUCGAUUAAGUGAUGUUCUUAAGAGAAAACGACUGCCAAAACGAGGGCCAAGAAGGCCAAAGUAUUCACCUCCAAGAGAUGAUGACAAAGUAGACAAUCAAGCUAAAAGCCCCACCACUACUCAGUCACCUAAAUCUUCCUUCCUGGCAAGCUUGAAUCCAAAAACAUGGGGAAGGUUAAGUGCACAGUCCAACAGCAACAACAUCGAGCCUGCAAGAUCUGCAGGAGUUAGUGGUCUUGCUCGGGCAGCCUCAAAAGACACCAUAUCCAAUAAUAGAGAAAAAAUUAAAGGUUGGAUUAAGGAGCAGGCACAUAAAUUUGUUGAACGUUAUUUUAGUUCUGAGAACAUGGAUGGAAGCAACCCUGCCUUGAAUGUACUUCAGAGACUUUGUGCUGCAACUGAACAACUCAACCUCCAGGUGGAUGGUGGAGCUGAGUGCCUUGUAGAAAUCCGUAGCAUAGUCUCCGAGUCAGAUGUUUCAUCAUUUGAAAUCCAACAUAGUGGGUUUGUGAAACAGCUGUUGAUGUACUUGACAUCUAAAAGUGAAAAAGAUGCUGUCAGCAGAGAGAUCCGGUUAAAGCGAUUCCUACAUGUAUUUUUUUCUUCUCCACUUCCCGGAGAAGAGCCCAUUGGAAGAGUAGAACCAGUGGGCCACGCGCCUUUGUUGGCACUAGUUCACAAAAUGAAUAACUGCCUCAGCCAAAUGGAACAGUUUCCAGUCAAAGUGCAUGAUUUCCCUAGUGGAAAUGGAUCUGGAGGCAGAGGAUCACAAGCUUUAAAAUUUUUCAACACACAUCAGUUAAAAUGUCAGUUACAAAGACACCCAGACUGUGCAAAUGUGAAGCAGUGGAAAGGUGGUCCUGUCAAGAUUGACCCCCUGGCUUUGGUGCAAGCUAUUGAAAGAUACCUUGUGGUUAGAGGAUAUGGAAGAGUAAGAGAAGAUGAUGAAGACAGUGAUGAUGAUGGAUCAGAUGAGGAAAUAGAUGAGUCUCUGGCUGCUCAGUUUUUAAAUUCAGGAAAUGUAAGACAUAGGCUACAGUUUUAUAUUGGAGAACAUUUACUACCAUAUAACAUGACGGUAUACCAAGCAGUGCGGCAGUUCAGUGUACAGGCUGAAGAUGAAAGGGAAUCUACUGAUGAUGAGAGCAAUCCUCUGGGAAGAGCUGGUAUUUGGACAAAAACUCAUACAAUAUGGUACAAACCUGUGAGAGAGGAUGAAGAAAGUAGUAAAGAUUGUGUUGGUGGCAAAAGGGGGAGAGCCCAAACAGCUCCAACAAAAACCUCCCCCAGAAAUGCAAAGAAGCACGAUGAGUUAUGGCAUGAUGGAGUGUGUCCAUCAGUAGCAAAUCCUUUAGAAGUUUACCUCAUUCCCACACCACCUGAAAAUAUUACCUUUGAAGACCCAUCUUUAGAUGUGAUCCUCCUCUUAAGAGUUUUACACGCCAUCAGUCGAUACUGGUAUUACUUGUAUGAUAAUGCGAUGUGCAAGGAGAUUAUUCCAACUAGUGAAUUUAUUAAUAGUAAGUUAACAGCAAAAGCGAAUAGGCAGCUUCAAGAUCCUCUAGUAAUCAUGACAGGAAACAUCCCAACAUGGCUCACCGAGCUAGGAAAAACCUGCCCAUUUUUCUUUCCUUUUGAUACCCGACAAAUGCUUUUUUAUGUAACUGCAUUUGAUCGGGACCGGGCAAUGCAAAGAUUACUUGAUACCAACCCAGAAAUCAACCAGUCUGAUUCACAAGACAGCAGAGUUGCACCUAGAUUGGAUAGAAAAAAGCGCACUGUGAACAGAGAGGAGCUGCUAAAACAAGCUGAGUCUGUGAUGCAGGACCUUGGUAGUUCUCGGGCCAUGUUAGAAAUCCAGUAUGAAAAUGAGGUUGGUACAGGUCUUGGGCCGACACUGGAGUUUUAUGCACUUGUUUCUCAGGAACUACAGAGGGCAGAUUUGGGUCUCUGGAGAGGUGAAGAAGUAACUCUUAGCAACCCAAAAGGAAGCCAAGAAGGGACCAAGUAUAUUCAAAACCUCCAGGGCCUGUUUGCGCUUCCCUUUGGUAGGACAGCUAAGCCAGCUCAUAUCGCAAAGGUUAAGAUGAAGUUUCGCUUCUUAGGAAAAUUAAUGGCUAAGGCUAUCAUGGAUUUCAGAUUGGUGGACCUUCCCCUUGGCCUGCCUUUUUAUAAGUGGAUGCUGAGGCAGGAAACUUCACUGACAUCUCAUGAUUUAUUUGAUAUUGAUCCUGUUGUAGCCAGAUCAGUAUAUCACCUAGAAGAUAUUGUUAGACAGAAGAAAAGACUGGAGCAGGACAAAUCCCAGACCAAAGAAAGUCUGCAGUAUGCGUUGGAAACUCUUACAAUGAAUGGCUGCUCUGUGGAAGAUCUGGGAUUGGACUUUACACUGCCGGGGUUUCCCAACAUUGAACUGAAGAAAGGAGGGAAGGAUAUACCAGUCACUAUCCAUAAUUUAGAGGAAUACCUGAGAUUGGUGAUAUUCUGGGCACUAAACGAAGGUGUUUCUAGGCAGUUUGACUCGUUCAGAGAUGGAUUUGAAUCCGUUUUCCCACUCAGUCAUCUUCAGUACUUCUACCCAGAAGAACUGGAUCAGCUCCUGUGCGGCAGUAAAGCAGACACUUGGGAUGCAAAGACAUUGAUGGAAUGCUGCAGGCCUGAUCAUGGGUAUACUCAUGACAGUCGGGCUGUGAAGUUCUUGUUUGAGAUUCUCAGUAGUUUUGAUAAUGAACAGCAGAGGUUAUUUCUCCAGUUUGUGACUGGUAGCCCACGAUUGCCGGUUGGAGGGUUCCGGAGUUUAAAUCCACCUCUGACAAUUGUGCGGAAGACAUUUGAAUCAACAGAAAACCCAGAUGACUUCUUACCCUCUGUAAUGACUUGUGUGAACUAUCUUAAGUUGCCGGACUAUUCGAGCAUUGAGAUAAUGCGUGACAAACUGUUGAUAGCAGCAAGAGAAGGCCAACAGUCGUUCCAUCUUUCCUGAUCACAACAAGAAAUCAGUGUCUGCCUAUUACAGCAAAAGAAAACAAAUCAUGAUUUCUUUUCUAUGUGUCAACUGAGUCAAGGAAACAUGUUCCUCCUUCUUGUUGUAGGAAAGUGGCUUGCAGAUUAUAAUUCAUAAUGGCCCCGUGGACUUCAGUGAUCAGGCCCUAAAGCGUUGUUGUGAUGAGGUUUCUUUAGCAAGUUCUUGUUUAAAUUAUCAUUUAUUUGAUGAGUGAAGUUUUUAACUUGCUUUGCUGUGUGAAAUUUCAAAGGGAUGUUUUUUUCAGGCUGGAACAAUAAAUGUCGCUGUGCAGUUUAAUUCUGGGCUGUGUGUAUCCAUCUAGCUAAGUUUGCAGUAUGUUUCUUCCAAAGACAACUCUUGUACAUAAGUACAGACAUUAAACUCAUGUGUAUUUGACAACUCUAGUCUAGUAGAUGGGUUCUGUGUGUUUUCCACCUCUAAUUUUCUUUUGUUGCCUGUGCAGUUCACAGGUUUUGUUUUGUUUUGUCUUUGUUUUGUUUUUAAAUAAUACAACAUGAACAGUUAAGACAUUUUCAUUAGCCCUGAGCCUUGCCAUUCUGGUUCUUUCAAAUUAAGAUAAAAUUUAGAAUUCAUUGAAUUGAAAUAUAUUCUCAAUAUAAUUCAGCCUUUGUAACUACUAGGUAGGUAGGCUUUUCUUAUAGCUUAGUUUUAAUAUAGUUACAGAGCACUCCUGGCUUUUUGCCAAGUGAUACACUAGGUCUGUUUACAUGGCAUUCCCAUCAUCCUCAGCUAAAGGAGGAAGGAAAGCGUAUUCAUUUUUCUGUGUAGGUUAAAAGGUCCACAGCUUGAGCUGGCCAGUAUUUAUCCUGUGGCCAGACCAUUUUAAAUUGAUGUAAAGUUUUAGAUUAAUUACUUUUCAUUCCAUAUUGGAGUUCAAAAGAUUUUUUUUUCCCCCUUCCCUUACUCCUGUUUUAAGUUUCUGUUGUCUUUGUCUCACUCUCUCGUCUUCUCCCAGUUAAUUGCGGACAAACCGUUCAGCCUUUGUCUCCACACAGAUCAAAGCACCUGUAAACAAUGCUGUCCAUUUGUUUGUGUGCUCAUUUCUCAGAUCUGCAAUAAUCCUUCAGGUUAAUGUUUUUACCUAAAAAUAAAAUAAGUUUGCUUCAC